GUCACCGUUAAAGCGAAAUGGGCCGUUACUCGGUUGCUGAAACUCUACAACUGCAGCGAACAGGAGAUAUGGCUAAACACCAACGCUCGCCUCGUUAAAGCCUUUGGCAGAUUUCUCGUCGGUUUAACAUUAUCGUUUUACUAUAAUUAAACCCUGGACCCUGUGGUCUGAUAGAAGCACCGACCAGAUAAAGGGGGACUCUGUUGGGGGCGUUUCGGUGCCCGUUUGGAUCGGGAUGAUCUCCAACUGCGGGUCGAUGCAGUCUUCCAGAGGCUCCCCCUGGCUGAAAAACCAGCAGCAACAGCAGCAUGUCUCGCGUCUCCUCCACCCCCAAACGCUAUGCUGGCUCGUCCUACACCAGCCACUAUAGCUCCUACAGCUCCUCCCUGACCCCGGGCCUCAGCACCUAUAGCGAGCGGGACCGACUGUCCACCUACAGGUCCCCCAACUCCACUUCCUCUUCAGGAUACUCGUCCAAUUACCUGAGCAGCUCCGCAUCCCGUGGCCGAAACUACAGCGCCUCCUCGGACCCCGAUCGAGAACGGGGUCGAACUAUCCCUCGCACCGACAUCCUUGGGAGUAGCAGCAGCAGCAUCAACAGCCGACGGAGUGAGAGCCUCAGCAGAACCCCCGUCAAGAGCUACGGAUCGUCAGGUCUUAGUGGGGGGUCUACCUACUCAGGCUACAGCUCCUACCAGUCCAGCUACCUCACUUCUUCACCAUCGGCCUCCAGUAUCUCACUCAGCAGAAGAAAGUCUGUUUCCCAAAGUGACCUGAGCAGGGACUUGUCCUCCCUGAGCCUCAGGGAUGCAUCCUCCUCCUCCUCCACCCCAUCCUCCUCCACCAGUGCCCUACGGAGCUACCACAGUCGAACUAAAGAUGUGCCCGAGUCGUAUGACAUAGGCUCCAGACCGGGCAGCUCGAGCCUGUUGCGGAGCUCCACUCAGGAGGCCUUCAGUAGCAGCAGCAGCAGCAGAGCAUAUAGCUCCUCAGCAUGGGAACCAAGCAGCAACGGGAUGUCUGACACCCCGAGCAGGAACUCCACAGUGAGCCUCAUCAGCUUAUUCAAGGCAGUGUGCACCUCUCCAUGGUGGUGGAUUUGCUGCUGCAGGACAAAUGAGCACCAGACAGCUGUACCACAUAUUGUUUCUCAGCCAAGACCAGUCCAAAAUAACUCAAAGAGUGCCCAAGGCCUGGUUGGAUUGAAGAACUUAGGAAAUACUUGUUUCAUGAACAGUAUCCUGCAGUGUCUGAGCAACACACAGAGCCUGCGUGACUACUGCCUGCACAACUCGCACCGCAGAGACCUUAACAACAACAGCCGCACCAACACAGCCCUCAUGGAAGAAUUUGCUAAGCUGAUUCAGAUCAUGUGGACGUCGACCAGCAGCGAGGCGGUCAGCCCGUCUGAAUUCAAAACACAGAUCCAGAGAUACGCUCCCAGAUUUGUAGGAUACAACCAACAGGAUGCUCAGGAGUUCCUGCGCUUCCUGCUGGACGGCCUGCAUAACGAAGUCAACAGGGUCACUGUGAGGCCGAGGGGCACCGUGGAGGACUUUGACCACCUGCCAGAUGAAGAAAAGGGGAAGAAGAUGUGGAGUAAAUAUUUGGAAAGAGAAGAUAGUAAAAUAGUUGAUCUGUUUGUGGGGCAGCUGAAGAGCUCCCUGACCUGCAGCCACUGUGGUUUCUGCUCCACUGUGUUCGAUCCCUUCUGGGAUCUUUCUCUGCCUAUCUCAAAGAAGGGCUACGGCGAGGUGAGUCUGAUGGACUGCAUGCGGCUCUUCACCAAAGAGGACGUCCUGGAUGGGGAUGAGAAGCCGACAUGCUACAGAUGUAAAGCCAGGAGGAGGUGCACAAAGAAGUUCACAAUACAGAAGUUCCCCAAGAUUCUAGUGCUGCACCUGAAACGCUUCUCUGAGGCACGACGAACCAGUAAACUGUCCACCUUUGUUAACUUCCCCAUGAAGGACCUCGACCUUCGAGAGUUUGCCUCUGAAAACAGCACAAAUGCAGUAUAUAACCUGUAUGCAGUGUCCAACCACUCAGGCACAACCAUGGGAGGUCACUACACAGCCUAUUGUCGCAAUCCCAGCUCGGGAGAAUGGUACACCUUUAACGACUCCAGAGUAACGCCAAUGUCGUCCAGCCAAGUGCGCAGCAGCGACGCCUAUGUCUUGUUCUACGAGCUGGCUACGUCCUCACGGAUGUAAGGACUCCAAAAGGACACGGUUCCGCUUUGGCUGUCCCACAGAUGGACGGACAUUUAUAUUUGGACAUUAGUUCCUCACAAACACAUAUGAUGACUCCCCAUCUAGCAGCUGAGAAGCUGCAGCUGGAGAGAACACCAUGGACUCCACAGGAACCCGAUCCACCAGCUCUGUUCUCUGUCUGUUCUUACUGCUGUGUCAUGCUCAUCUUGACUGCAGGCGUGUGUUUACUGUGUGUGUAUGUGUGUGUGCAGGAAAAAAACAAAAAAAAACAGGGCAAUAACCCCAAUGCACCAACCAACCAGGUGAACCCAUGUCAGAAGUCCCUCUAUGCACUGCAAACCAAACUCUCAUCCUGACUGCGCCUUCAACUCUUCUUAAUCUUCUUGUUUGCCUCAGAUGAUUAAACCUGACUUCUUGCAUUGUU